ACCCUCACAUGCAUACAGCCGACCGCUUGUCCUUGGUCAUCAUGGCGCUCCAGCUAUCUACAGAGAUUUUACAGGACAUCGUUGCGCUUCAAGGCAAUGAGAUCUUACGGCUAAAGGGAGAGCUGGCAGCCGCCGAGAGCCGUAUCCAAUCUCUAGAGGCCGAUCUAGCAGAACUACGCGUUCAUAACGAGUCCUCAGAAAGUAAUGACGAAGAUGGGCAGGUAGAAAGUCUGUCAUUGCAAAUAAUCCGAGCUCAACCGACAGACUUAGGAACAAGCUCCGUCGGAGAAAUACCUUUUUCAUGUCUCCUUCCCCUUUAUGAGGGGACGCCGCUAAAUGCUCUGAGCAAACCUGCGAAGAAGAGUAUCAAGAACGCAAUGAAUGUACGUCCUCUGAGAGAGCUUCUUCAAGCCCCCGCUAAGCUGGUUCUGGAUUCUAGAACGCAGCUCACGUUUUGGACGGAUCCCAGCUGUGAUACUUUGGUCGUCCUCGUACCACAGCGGCGCAUCAAGAGUGACGGCGAGUGGGGCAAGUCCUUCCACGGCUAUAUGAUCGGCCAGCAUGAGAUCUUCGCCGAUGCCUCUGACGGCACGCGCUUCUAUCUUGGUCAAUACCAAUCCACAAGCGGAAAGACGCUAAGACAUACCGUCGUCCCAUAUCGUGGGCUCCCUGAUGAUACGAAGGAGGCUCUGAUCUCGAAGUCGAGCGUCGCUCAGUACCAGGACGAGGCUGCUGCGAAGUACGAGGAGGGCAGCUUCGUGCCAAAGCGCAUCUACUACCGCCGCGUGGGCUUUGAUCAGGCUCUAUACGAACGCUUGUGUGCCAUUGCUCCACGCACUGAGCCGGAAGGGAGCGGCAAAACGUAGGCGCGAGGCUGAGCUGCAUCUCUUGGGAAAAACGUGCAUUAGCAUCACGUCAGCUAGCCUAGGAAUAUCUCGUUCUUCACGGGACGAGAGGUCCCGAUCCAUCCCUGUAUGAUGGUUCUGUUCCCCAGCGACGAGAAAAUUGAGCAUAUGACAUCCAUCCUUGCGAUGAGCGCCUUCUUGCUAAAUCAUAGUAUAGGCUAAGAGCACAAACCGCAGAUCUGUCGAUAAAGCUCCUGUUUCCCGCAAUCAAGAAAAGACGGCAGUCUGGCCGUUAGCACCUGAGAUACACGUCACAGAACCAGAUUUGUGAAUGCAAGCAUUGCAGUAACGAUGAUACGGUUGGUUGAAUGGGCUAUAUAAAGUACGCAAGGUUCAUCUUGUACGGAGAAAAGCUAUCUUGAU